UGCGCGCUCUUCCCUGCUUCCUUCUUUCGAUCAUGUCUAUCUCUUAGAGCUUUUCACUCUCUUCACAAUCCUCUCUCCGUCUUUCUUGAGUUCACUCUUCUCUCGGUGUUGCCUUUCACGAAUUUCGUUUCGGUUGCGUUGGAAUUGCAGAGAUCCGCGCAACCGGAAACCACCACCGGAAUAGUCCCCGCCACCGUCUGCCACCGCCAGUGCCUCCGUCUCACUGACUCUGCAGAUUUGUGUCAACCACAAUGGUAUACUGCAAUCACUGUGCUAAAAUUGUUGUCGGUGAGCGACUAGAUGACGGUUACUUAUGUUGUGGAAGCUGUGGGAGGGUGUUGGAAGAUUACUUUUUUGCUGAGGAGCCUACAUUUGUUAAGAAUGCAGCAGGGCAGAGUAAAUUAUCUGGAAAUUAUGUACGAACAGUUCAAAGUGAGUUCUCUGAUUCACGUCAAAGGACUUUAGAUAGAGCAUAUGAUGAAAUAAAAUAUUUAAGUUAUGGCCUUGGAGUGAAUGAUGAAAGUAUGACUGACCAAGCUUUGACCUUUUAUAAAAUAGCACUUGAGCGAAAUUUCACCCGUGGACGAAAAUCAGAGCAAGUACAGGCUGCUUGUCUCUAUAUUGCAUUCCGGCACAACAAUAAGCCAUACCUUCUUAUUGAUUUUUCAAAUUAUUUAAGGACAGAUGUUUAUGUGCUAGGAGCAGUUUUCUUGCAGCUUUGUCAAGUGUUAAGGCUUGGAGAGCACCCAAUUGUUCAAAAGCCUGUUGAUCCUAGUCUUUUUAUUCAUAGAUAUACCAUGAAUUUGUUGAAGCAUGGGAGUAAGGCUGUCUCUGAUACUGCGUUGACCAUUGUUGCAAGCAUGAAACGUGACUGGAUGCAGGGAGGAAACCUAGUGGAUUAUGCGGUGCAGCAUUAUACAUAUCUGCUCUUGCACAUGGUUUUAAGUGCUCUAAGCCGGAUAUUGCGUCCCUUGAUUUUCUCAUUUGCAAUGCAGCUUAGAAUCGUCCAUGUAUGUGAAGCAACAUUGACCAAACGAUUGGUAGAAUUUGAGUGUACAAAGUCUUCUAGCUUGACAAUUGAGGAGUUGGAUACGAUGGCAAAAGAGCAUGAAAAAAAUCCAAUGGUAAUGCCAGCAGGUGAAUUAAAAGAUUGUAUUUCAAAAGAUCUUCUGUGUGAGCACAGGGAUAGUGGGGUGCCCCAUUUUGCACUUGGAUUAUGUGAAGCAUGCUAUAAGGAUUUUGAUAAGCUCUCUGGUGGACUUGGUGGUGGUUUGGAUCCCCCUGCGUUCCAGCGUGCUGAGAGGGAAAGAAUGAAAAAAACACUUCCCAAGGAGAGUGUCGAUGAAACAUCUAUUUUGGGGAAUUCAUCAAAUGAUCAGUUUAAAAGCCACAAAGAGGAUUUGCCUGCCUAUGUGCCAGAAAGUAUUGGGGCAAAUGUUGAGCGUGAGGGCACCAAAGAUGGUAAAUAUGAUGAUUCACAUAGAGAAGAUGAAUCAGAAACUUUCUCUGAUAUAGAUGAUGAAGAUGUUGAUGUGUACCUUCAUGAUGAGGAGGGGAAGCAUAUCAAGAAGAUACUAUGGGAAACAGCGAACCAAGAGUAUCUUGAGGAGCAGGCAGCUAAGGAAGCAGCUGCAGCAGCAAGUAAGAAAGCUUUUGAGGCAAAUUUUGAAAACUGUUCAGAGGAUUUACUAGCGGCAAGAGAGCUUGCUGCAUCUGUUAAUGAAGCCGUGGCAAAAUCCAGAAAGGAAACAAGACAGAGACGCGCCCAUGAGGCAAAAAAUUUAGGGCCAGCUCAAUCUGCUGCUGAGGCUUUUGGCCAAAUGUCUAAUAAAAAAAGGCACUUGCAGAGUCUCAAAUCUAAAGUCAACUUUGAUAUCCUGGGUGAAUUUCUAUUUAAUGAAAUGGAAGAUGGCGUUGAUCCCAAGAAACAGAAGAAAGUGCGAUUUGAUCCGCCCCCAGAUAAUCAAGUUGAGGACAAAAAUGAGGAUGGGAUGGGAUCAGUGGAUGAUUUUGAAGAUGAAGGUGAUAUGUAUAAAAAUGCCUCCUCUACUGAAAAUAUGUAUGAGAAAUACUUCUCUGAGGAUAGUAGUUUCGGCUAUAAUGAUGAUGAUUACUCAAAAGUAGCUUAGAAUGUGGAAUUCUCAGGUAGGUUUUACCAGCAUCUCUCUGUUUAACACAAAAUUGGGGUUAGCUUAUGUGUAACUUAUUUAAAGUCUGCUUAUUUGUGUAAAAGUAACAAAUGAUCAUUUAUUCUAGGUUUGUGUAAAAGUUAUUGCUAUGAAUAUAAUUCAUCGUAGGCCAUAUCUAAACUUCUUGAGGUUUAUAUAAAA